ACAAUCAAGCUGUCACAUGAUUUUCACCUGACUGACAUUUUUCUUCACCCAAAAAAUAAGAAAAAAAUCGUCGUCGUAUUCCAACAGGAAUAAGAGAGGAUAGUGUUUAAUAAAAUACUUUUUAUUUGCUUUAAUUCACAAACUGUUGGAAGAGAAUCCAUCCACCUAAUCCCAAAAUGAAAAUCUGUGGUCCUAAAUUGUCCCUCUGCGGUCUUAUCAUCUCUGUUUGGGGAAUCAUCCAAUUGACGCUGAUGGGAUUGUUCUUCUACAUCCACAGUGUGGCACUGAUUGAGGAUUUGCCCUUGGCAGAGAAUUAUGAAACUAUCGGGGACUUUUACUCAGCUGCAAAUGCUGCUUACAAUCAGAACGCCUACAACUGUUGGAUUGCUGCUUGCAUCUAUGUGCUGACGUUGCUAUUGUCUGCCCAACAAUUCUACGCGAACAGUCGAGUAACAGCCAACUAAGUGCAAAAGUGAUGAACAACAAAAAUGCGCUUCUAUAAAUUAAUUUAAUUAAUUUAAAUUUGUUUUCUUUUUACCACUUUGUUUAUUUUCUUUUUUUUUUUCUUCUCUAUUUUGAUUGUCGAUAGUACUCCAUUCAUUAAGUGUUAUAAUCCUCCUAAUUCGUAAGAACAAAAUAAAUUUUGCAAAAUAUCUUAAUUGAAAAUAUAUACAUUAUUAUAAAUAAGAAGUAAAGUUUUUGUUUUUUUUUUUUGUUUUGUUUCUUCUUUAACAAUUUUGUUUCUGUCAAAAAAGAAAAAAAACAAUUUAAAAAUAAAGCACACAUUCCUUGAAGAAAACUUAGCUUAAAUUUGCGCAUUCAAAAAUUACACAAUACGAAACCAGAAGAGGAUCAAAUGUGAAUAAAUGUUAUAUAGACAUAAAAAUUCAAAAAUAAAUAGAGUAUAUUUUGUUUCUGUUUUAAAUCAACUAUACCUCCUUUUUAUUGUUUAUUAAAUUAAAACGUGUAUAAAUUUAAAAUUUCUUUUAUAAUGGCAACAAAACAAAAAUCAUAGUUAAAUCAGAAAAAAUCCACAAAGCAUCUGUAUUAAUCACAAAUUUAAAUGAAACAAAAUUCUGUAACUGCCAAACGCAGAUAAAAACAUCAUAAUAUUAGUCGUAUUCGUUUAAUUAAAUUGUAAAAACAUAACUAAGAUUUAUUACAUUAAUUCCAUUAGUGGAAUUAAUGAUAUUUUUCUUUUAUUGAAAAUAAAUGUUAUAAAGUAUUAUCAGUUCAA